AACGAGCCCAUCAAGGCGGCCGCCCUGGAUUUUGAGUCACUAUCGCUGCGGCAGGUGCUUACAUCCCGCACGCUGAUGCUGAAAACAUGUCCAAACCACGUACUAUUAGCUAGUUCUAGUUCUAUCUAGUAGAAACAAAUUAUUUAGCAGCCUCUUGCCGCCAUACCGCGGCGACAAAGUCAAUGUCGCAAAGGCUGUUGUUUGCUGUUAAAUGCAGCCCAAGGCCCGCAUGUCGUUGUCCCUGCGCCGUCGAUCUAUUUUUUUAUUUUCCUCCAUCGCGUCCAAUCAACUCGUCACUGACAACAGUGGCCAGUCAAAACAAGAGCCAGCGACUCGAUCAAAUUAUUCUGUCUACUGCCGUUGCAGACAUCAUCCACGGCCCCACCCAAACCCGCAGCCGCAGCACUUGUUGCCCCUCCACUACGACUAGUUUUGGUAACCGUAAAGAGCUACUAUCACUACCACGCAAACGGACCAACACCCCUAGUUCUGCGCGUCACUUCUCGUCAAAGUCAAGCAUGGCCACCGAUGCCCAAGGGCCUGGCUCCCUCGGGAACAAGGCAGCCGCCUCAGAUGGCAUGCCAAAUAUGGUGAUGCCAUAUGAACCUCAGGACCCCGCUGUCAUCGCAGAGAUGGUCCGCGUGCUCGAUGAGCAUACAAAGGGUGGCGCCAAGGGUCGUUUCCGUAUCAAGAAGACCAAGUUUGCCGUUACUGGUUCUCCUUCCAAGGUCACUGUAGAUUCCUGGAAGCUACAGGACUGGGACUACAAGAAACCUGGGCUGCCUACAUAUGCCCGUGGCCUCUUCACCACGCGCCUCCCAAAUAAUGUACCAGAAAUUGCCGUCAGAGGUUAUGACAAGUUCUUCAACGUCGGCGAGGUGCCGGAAACGAACUGGGAAAAUAUCAUCAAGAACAGCAAGGGUCCUUACGAGCUCAGUCUGAAGGAAAACGGCUGCAUCAUUUUCAUCUCAGGCCUUCACGAUGACACCCUGUUGGUAUGCUCAAAGCAUUCCACUGGUGCACGCGGUGAUAUUGAAAUCAGCCACGCCAACGCCGGUGAAAAGGCUCUCGACAAGCAGCUGGCCAAGAUUGGCAAGACUAGGGCGGACCUUGCGCGGGAGCUGAGGGAGCGCAAUGCCACCGCUAUCGCCGAACUUUGCGACGACAGCUUUGAGGAGCACAUCUUGGCUUAUGGCCCCGAUAAAGCCGGCUUGUAUCUUCACGGCAUCAACGUGAACCAGCCCUACUUCAUGACAUAUCCAGGCCCCGCAGUCAACUCGUUUGCCGACGACUGGGGCUUCAAACAGACCGGGUUGCUCAUAAUGGACAACAUUAAAGAGGUCAAAACGUUCUUAGAAGACGUAGCAGAAACUGGAGCCUACGGCGGCCGAGACGUCGAGGGCUUUGUUAUCCGCUGCAAGCUGAAGGACCGGCCUAAUACCGACCCUGGAACAUACUCGGAUUGGUUCUUCAAGUACAAGUUUGAAGAGCCUUAUCUUAUGUACAGGCAGUGGCGAGAGUGUACCAAGGCUCUCAUUGCCGGCCACGCCCCCAAGAUCAGGAAACACAAGAAAAUCACAGAGGAGUACCUGUACUACGCAAAGACACGCCUGGCAGAGGACUCCAGCCUCGCAAAGGCCUAUAACCAAAACCACGGCAUCAUUGCCCUUCGUGACGAUUUUCUGAAAUACAAGAACAUGAAGGGUUCCGAUGCUGCCAAUCUCGAUCGGGAUGUCGCCACUAACGAGCCGGAGCCAGACAACUCGGUCGUUGGCAACGUGAUCCUCGUUCCGAUUGCCACCAUUGGAUGUGGAAAGACAACAAUUGCCGUCGCCUUGAGGACCCUCUUCCCUGAAGCGUUCGGCCAUUUCCAAAACGACAGCAUAACACAGAAAAAGGGAAGGCCGGCUAUAUUUACCAGGAAUGUGCUGGAACAACUAAAGACAAAGAGGGUUGUCAUCGCGGACCGCAACAACGCAUGGCGUCGUGAGAGGACACAAAUCCUGGGCGACGUCAAGAAUAUGCUGCCCGCAGCGAAGCUGGUGGCGCUUCAUUUCGACCACGACAACAGCAUGGAAGUCCGCAAGCUGACAUACGAGCGCGUUUUCCAGCGUGGCGACAACCACCAGAACAUCAAGGUGCAGGAGCUCGGCAAAGCAAAGGUCAUGGACAUCAUGAACGGCUUCCUGGAUGGAUUGGAGCCAUACAGCGCCUUCAGCAAACCCGAUGCAGACUUUUCUGCUGCCAUCGGUCUAAACCCUCUCGCCGGCAGUCGGACGAAUCUGGAGGUAGUGAUUUCCAAAUUACACCAGUUUUACCCAAACCUUCUCCCUCGCGUCCCCACGGGAGAGGAGAUGGACAAAGCGAUCGAUACUGCACUCGCAUAUGAUCCCAAGUUAGAGCAGCUGGCAGUUCUGCCCGCAGCUGCUAACAACAACAAGGGUGGUAUUGAGUACAUGUCAAUUGAUAUCCCGUCGCAGGCCGUCCUGGCCGCCCUCGAGGAUGCCUUCAAGGAUGCCUCCCCCGAGGUAGGCCGCAUGUAUGGAUACCUGAAGCAGCAGCGCCGGAUCCAGCCGGCUUUCCAUGUAACGCUGAUGCAUAAAUCCGGAGCAAAGACCAGCCCAGAGAACCAAGAGCUUUGGACAAGGUAUACUCAGACCUUGAAGGUGGCUCACGAUGAUGCCAAGUCAAAGGGCAUCGUAUUCAGGGCUGCGGAAACCCCCAGCCUGGGUGAAUGCGACGUCCAACUUGAGCGCGUGGUCUUUGACGACAGGCUCAUGGCGAUUGUGGUGCGCAUAAUCGACAAAGACGACAAGUGGAAGUGUAUAAACAGGGUUCCGCACAUCACGAUCGGUACUCUGGACAACACGGUGCCUCCCAAGGAGAGCAACGAUAUGCUGGCUCUUUGGAUCGACGGACAGCAGGAGGCUCGCCGCGGUACAAUCCGCGAGACUGGCAUUGAGGGCCGUCCAAUCGUCAAGGGCAUAGUCAAGGCGGUCCUGUCAAAAUUCUGAUAGCCCCAGUACGGCAAGAGGACUCGUCAUGGACCAAAGGAUGACGGCCAAGGAUUUGUGUGGUUUUCGUUUUGCGCUGACACAUUACCUCGAUUUCGUAGGUGGCGUUCUAUAGGGGCAAUAGCGCUUGAGUCUAGACGUGAUUCAACCGGUCAUUCGAGUUAUGGAUUCAGCUGCCCAGCAUGUAUUGGUUAGCAGCAUCCCGCGGGUGAAAUAAAAGCGCAUGUUUUUUUUUCGGUAUCUGGUCAUGGGCGCGAAAACAAAUAGUCUUCUUUCUACCUUGGAAGACCAUUUAGAUACACAGCAGAUAUCUGAUCAUCACACUUUUUAUUCCACUCAUUACAGUG